GCGCGGCCCCGCGGGGCGGGAUGGAGCUCGAGCCUCCGGGAAUGCACCGGGUCUCGGGCCCCCUCCCCCCCGGGGCGCGGCCCCCUCCCCUCCCGCCGGACAAUGAGUCCCGUAUGCUAAUGAGAGUCUCGCGUCACUUCCGCUCUUUCUCGGCCGCCAUCUUGGCCAGGGCAGGUUCUGGGCAGGAGGGACCCGGCUGUAUUGUCUGCAGGGCGCCCAGGGAGCCCCCCCCCCCCCCUCCUCCGCCCGGGAGCCCCACAUCCCCCGCCCCGGGGACUGAGCCCAGUGAAGCCGCUCCCGCCCCCCGGGACCCGCUCACCAUAGGCCACCCCUUGCACACUCGCCCCCCCCCCCCCCUCCCCCGCCAUCCAGCCCCCUUUGUCUCCCCCGCGCCGCCGCCGGCUCCGCUCCGCCCGCCCGCCCAGGGACCCGGGCGGCGCCAGGGAGGCAGCUCCGCGCACCCCCACCCCCAGCCAGAGGUGCCGGGAGAGCGCCCGCCCUCGCUGCUGAGGAGAGCCCCAGUCAGCCUUUUGAAUAUCGAAGGUUCCUGAGUCAGACCGAAGACAGCAGUAGCUGAGGCGGAUUAAUGCUGAGAUGUAGUCAGGGAUUGGAACACUUGGGAGCUGUGCUUAGACAGAAAGGGAACAAGAUACAAAAUGUGAAGUGGGACUUUUAAGAAAUAGACUGUUUGACUGAGAGGGAGUUGGACUCUGCACAGUGCCGAAAAAGUGUAAGAUGCUUUGACCAGACAGCAAAAUACAUUUGCAGGAUAUGAUCCUUCUUCUAUGUCCGGGCUUUGGCCUCACACAGUAGGUGUAAUAUAAUCCCUGAGGUGGGCGUUCUGGAAGGAGAAUUAUUUUUGGAGGCUUUUGCAUGAAACUUGUCCAAUGAGUCUGAGACGCCCAAGCACCAUUAAUUUUGGAGAGGCAAGAAUGAAUGAUGAUUCUGACUGGAAGAGAAGUGACUGCCUGAAGUACACUCUCACACUGAAACGAGCUGAGGAAAAACCUGUGCCUUGUGAUACAGAAGUUCAAGGAUACGUAAUUUAAGUUGGAUGUCCCUUUAAGUUAUUCCUUGGAAUGUGACAUUUCUUAUUUGAAUCUCAAUUGAAAUGUUUAAUUUUGGAAGUUCAAGUGAAAUGUUUUUUAUUAAGAUAUUUUCUCUCAUUUGUCUAUAAAUUGAUCUGUCAAAGAGGGCUGGGAUAUGUAUUAAAGGAGGGAAGGGAAGAACGCUGUGGUUAACAACAAUGAAAAGAUGAAGCCAGAGGGGUAAAAACCCACUCAACAACAAACCAAGCAAAUGAAAGAAAAUAUUACAAUUAAGUCUCAAAAGAGUUUUUAACAAACACCAGGAUUUAAAUGUCAGUACUUGCCUUGGGUGGAGGGGACGGGGGGAGGAAUCAUGUGCAUGAAAUGUUCUUUGCUUUACAUUUUAUUCAUGCUAUUGUUAUUGCAAUAAGGUCAAGUUAUUGAUAAAAUAUAAAGAUAACGUACAUUUCAAAAGUAAAGUUUGCUCUAGUAAACAGGAGUAAUGAAGUAUUGGCACACAGCCCAUAGAGAAAUCGAAACUGGUUUAGAGAUGUAGACUAUCUGGGUUGCACUGAUGAUGCUGAUCCUGGAUUCUCAUUGCUUUCUGAUUUUAAUGAUAAACAUUACAGAGAACUAUUUAACACAACAGACUGUCUAGUGGGGAUCUCCUACACUUUUUAAUGAAGUAAUUUUUAGCAUAAUCUGAAAUUUAUGCACUAACUUGUUACCAAACUGUGUGCAUGUUCUUGAUUAUGCUGUUUUACUCUGCUGCAGCCCUUCCCUUUUAGUGGCAUUAUGGAUAUUAAGACAUCUGGAUUUGAAUUAUUGGAAUGAAAGCCAUGGGCUCAUGAUACAUACCUGACAAAGGCAGUGGACUAGAGCAGUGGGUUUAACUGUGUGGGGCAGUUUAUUACGGAGGGAAAAGAAACAGCUUGUAGAAUAAGGGUUUGAAACAUUGCUCUUUCUGUAGGAAAAAGAUGGAGUAUUGCAUGCUGGGAACAAGUGCUUUCCAUAAGGUACAGCAGCAGCUCAUGAUGCCCCGUAAAGCUUUUCUUUCCCAGAAAGAAAAGCAGGCUCGUGCCAGGGAAAGGGAUAUGUUAAAAAAGAGGAGGAGGCGACAAGACUAUCUGAAAAGAAGCGUGGAGCCGCAGAAAAAUGCAGAAACAAUAAAAUGGCACAGGGAUGAUGAGAAGAGGAGAGAAAAUGAGCAAGUUAAGGACAAAGAUAUCAAGAAGCGGUGGAGACAGGAUGAGAGAGAACGACGAAAGAAUGUGGACGCUAUGAAUUGGCACAGGGAAGAUGAGAAGAGGGAAAAUGAGCGAGAAACUAUGUUCCAACUUCCUGUCAACAACCUUGGCAGUUUAAGAAAGGCCCGGAAAACUGUGAAAAAAAUACUUAGUGACAUUGGUUUGGAAUACUGUAAAGAACAUAUAGAAGAUUUUAAGCAGUUUGAACCUAAUGACUUUUAUUUGAAAAACACUACAUGGGAAGAUGUAGGAUUGUGGGACCCAUCGCUUACAAAAAAUCAGGACUAUCGGACAAAGCCCUUUUGCUGCAGCGCGUGUCCAUUUUCCUCGAAGUUCUUUUCAGCAUACAAAAGCCACUUCCGGAAUGUUCAUAGUGAAGACUUUGAAAAUAGGAUCCUCCUGAACUGUCCUUACUGUACUUUCAACGCGGACAAAAAGACUUUGGAAACGCACAUUAAAAUAUUUCAUGCUCCAAAUGCCAAUACACCGAGUGGAGGCAUCAGCACUUUUAAAGAUAAAAACAAACAUGAUAGCCUUAAACCUAAGCAGGCUGACAGUGUAGAACAAGCUGUUUAUUACUGUAAGAAGUGCACUUACCGAGAUCCUCUGUAUGAAAUAGUUAGGAAGCACAUUUACAGGGAACAUUUUCAGCACGUUGCUGCUCCUUACGUAGCGAAGGGAGGUGAGAAGUCCCUCAACGGUGCGGUUCCGUUAAGCUCCAGCUCCCGUGAGGAGGGCAGUAUUCACUGCAAACGAUGCCUUUUCAUGCCCAAAUCCUACGAAGCUUUAGUACAGCACGUCAUCGAAGACCACGAGCGCAUAGGCUACCAGGUGACAGCAAUGAUAGGUCACACUAACGUAGUGGUUCCGAGAUCUAAACCUCUGAUGCUUAUAGCUCCCAAACCACAGGAUAAAAAGCCUAUGGGACUCCCUCAGAGGAUGGGGCCCCUUUCCUCUGGAAGUGUUCGAUCUCUUUCGUCACAACAGAUGAUGAACAGACUCACUAUACCAAAGCCUACGCUAAAUUCUGCGGGAGUGAAUAUGAUGUCCAACGUCCACCUACAACAAAACAAUUACGGAGUCAAAUCAGUACCACCCAGUUACGUUGGUCAGCCAGGGGGAAGGCUAAACUUAAGUGGCAAUUCAGCAGUUUCUAUCGCACAGCAAUCGCAAACCAUGAAACAGUUCUCGGCAAGUGGAAAUGGAAGGCCUUAUACUCUUGGAGGGGAACAGAGAUCACAGGCCUCGGCAAGAUACUCCCUUCAGUCCGCCAAUUCGUCUUCUCUUUCAUCAGCCCAGUUGAAACAGACAUCAUUAUCUCAGUCCCAGGCAGCCUCAAGAGCAUUGGGUCAGUCUGGCUCGAAAUCUCCCGUGGCUGCCACAGGCCCUUCCUCUGUCAAUACAUCGUCCACACAGAAGUGGAAAAUCUGUACAAUCUGUAACGAGCUGUUUCCUGAAAAUGUGUAUAGUGUCCACUUUGAAAAGGAGCACAAGGCCGAAAAGGUGCCUGCAGUAGCUAACUACAUCAUGAAAAUACACAAUUUCACUAGCAAAUGUCUAUACUGUAACCGCUAUUUACCCACCGACACGUUGCUCAACCACAUGUUAAUCCAUGGUCUGUCGUGUCCAUACUGCCGCUCGACCUUCAACGACGUGGAGAAGAUGGCUGCUCACAUGAGGAUGGUUCAUGUCGAUGAAGAAAUGGGACCGAAAACUGACUCCACUCUAACCUUUGAUUUGACCUUGCAGCAGGGUAGUCACACAAAUAUACAUCUUCUUGUAACCACCUACAACCUUAGAGAUGCUCCUGCUGAAUCUGUAGCCUACCAUGCUCAGAACGCUCCCCCAGUUCCUGCGAAGCCACAGCCCAAAAUCCAGGAGAAGUCCGACGUACCUGUAAAAAGCUCCCCGCAAGCGGCGGUUCCCUACAAAAAAGACGUGGGGAAAACUCUCUGUCCUCUGUGCUUUUCAAUCCUGAAAGGACCUAUCUCUGAUGCACUUGCACAUCACCUACGGGAGAGGCAUCAAGUAAUUCAGACAGUUCAUCCAGUUGAGAAGAAGCUAACCUACAAAUGCAUCCAUUGCCUUGGUGUCUAUACGAGUAACAUGACUGCCUCCACCAUAACGCUGCACCUUGUUCACUGCAGAGGCGUCGGCAAGACUCAGAAUGGUCAGGACAAAGGCACUUCAUCGUCUCGGCUGAGUCAGUCCCCAUCUGUAGCACCUGUAAAACGUACUUACGAACACAUGGAAUUCUCUCUGAUGAAGAAAAGGAAAAUGGAUGAGGAUGACUCGCCCUCUGCCUUUGAGGAGAAGCCUGAAGAACCUGUAGUUCUAGCAUUGGACCCCAAGGGUCAUGAAGAUGAUUCCUAUGAAGCUAGGAAAACCUUUCUUACAAAAUAUUUCAAUAAGCAACCCUAUCCCACUAGGAGAGAGAUUGAAAAGCUGGCUGCCAGCCUGUGGCUGUGGAAAUCUGACAUCGCGUCUCAUUUUAGCAACAAAAGGAAGAAAUGCGUCCGAGAUUGUGAAAAAUACAAGCCUGGCGUGCUGCUCGGUUUCAACAUGAAAGAGCUAAACAAAGUCAAACAUGAAAUGGAUUUUGAUGCUGAGUGGUUGUUUGAAAACCACGAUGAAAAGAACUCCAGAAUCAAUGUUAGUAAGACUGUUGAUAAAAAAAUAAACUUGGAAAAAGACAAUGAAAGUUCUUCAGACAGCUAUGAAAACGUAGAAGAGGAAUACAAUGAAAGUGGUAGUCCCUUUGGUCAGCGUGUUUCUGACACCGGUGCGAAAACCUCUUCUGAGAGCGUAGCAGAGAAGCCCGAGGACAGCAUAGCCAAGGAGAUCAUUGAAGAAAACACGUUACAGUCUCCGGAGAAGUCUGAUCAAAAACAAGAGGAAAGCUCUAAAUAUGAAGAGAUUGUUUCUGCUGAAGAACCAACAAAGCUGGGAGGUGAUGUUUCAGAUAGUGAAGGUGAUCAAGAUGAUGCUGUUGAAUGGAAAGAUGGAGCUUCGCAGUCUGAAAGUGGGCCUGGCUCUCAGCAGGUGUCUGACUUUGAAGACAAUACAUCUGAAGUAAAACCAGAAGUGUGGACAGAUGAAUCCUCCCAAAGUGAAGACGCUGGUAGCAGUAAACCGACUGUUGAGACAAAAGGGGCUGGAUCUGAAAGUGAUGAAGAACAGUCAAAGUGGAAGAAUGGUUCCUAUGGAAAAGUAGAAGAGUUUUGGUCUAAGGACCAGUCACAAUGGAAGAACACCUCAGAGAUGGAGGAGAGCUUGUCCAAUCAGCAGAUGGAGUGGCAGAAUAGCACAAUUGACAGCGAGGACGGAGAUCAGUUUGACAGUGUGACUGAUGGUGUGGCAGAACCGAUGCACAGCAGCCUGCCUGGCGUGGAGCUGAGCAGCCAGCAAGCGUAAGCUGCGUGGCUCACGUGUCAGUGGCGUGACCCAACCUACAACUGUCUCCACACUUUCAUUUCGGUGUGACUGCUACACUUCAAUUCUAACUGGUACUGCCCUUGGAGUGCUAAGUGAUGGCGUGGGGUGGUCGUGGCCACGGUUCUUCCCGUGCUCCUGGCAGGUCGUGCGUAAGAACACCCACUGGGCCGAGCGCAGGGACUUAAUGUGAACACAGAAAGCUGGUGGCUCCAGAAUGCACACAGAGAAAAGCAGAGGUUCAUUUGAUCUGCAUUUUCAACAUCUGUUUCACUCUUGUACAUGUUCAGUUGUAUGUCUUUUUAAACAUUACCCUUUUUCACAUGGUAGUGUAGGGCCAACCAUACAAGCUACCAGUUCAACGUGUAUAGUAGACUACGGGGAAAUUGAUUUUUUCAUGUAUCAUUCUGAAUAGUUGAAAUGUAUAUUUGUACAGUCUUUUAGACCUAUUCAAGUGAAGCUUAUGAAACUGUUCUUGUGUACCCAUCAUAGAUUUGUUUCUCUUUUUUAGUGUUGCCCUGCUGUGUAAUAAAUGCUGUAUCUAGUUUACCUAGCAAAAGCUUGAAACUGCUAUAGUAUGGAUUUUGACAGACUUAGUUUUUGCACAUAACCUUGUACAAUCUCAAAACGGAGGCCAGCGACAUAAAAAAUAUAUCUGGACUCUAUUGUAUUAUAGAAUUUUCUUGUUCCGAAUAUCCUUGACAUUACAACUGAUGACAAAUGUAUUUCAGAGCCAUUUUCUGAAAUCUUUUAAGCUAAAAAAAAAAGGUCACAUGCAAGAAACAAGUUUGCAGCUACUAAUUUUGACACCUUUUAGAUCUGUACAAAAGUGUAUUGUGUUAAAGCAGCACACAAACAGAAGUGCUGUGUUUUGAAUAUUUAGUUUUCUCUUUAGUUAACACCAACAAGGUGUUGUAUUCAUUUAUACCAUCUAAUAUAUGACACACUGUUGUAGUAUGUAUAAUUUUGUGAUCUUUAUUUCCCUUUGUAUUCUUCAUUUAAGCAUCUAAAUAAAUUGCUGUAUUGUGCUUAAUGUAAAUAUUUGCUUUAUUACAUGCAAAUGCCACAUUCCUGUUUGGUAAAUCCCAGCUUGCUACCUUCAUACCUUUCUUUUCUUUUAUUACCAAGUCCUCCAGAGCUCUGCCAGGCCAUCUGUGUUCACUGCUUUCUCACUGGAUAGACUGAUCUCUUUGGAGGAUAUUGAAAAUCCUGCAAAACAAACUUGGGUUGAGUUUUUCUUUACUAU